UUCAUCGGUUCGGUUGUCGUCGUGGUCUAGCCCCCCAAAAAUAUUUAAAAAAAAAAAACAACAUCAGACAAGACCUGUCCAGAAAAACACACACAUUUUGUUGACCACAAAGCAGCAAAUAGCAACCACCACAUCCAUGACUGACCGCACCAGAAUCUGAGAUUGCGACAAUGACAGCGGAGGAGCACAAGGGAUUCGAGAACUGUGCGCACAUUUGCGUCCCGCGGGAAAACCAGCAGAAUACCUAAAAGACAAUGCAGGGCAGAGAUUAGCCGAACAUUGCACCAGAGAUCCAGAACAGACACAAGUCCAGAAUCUAGAUCGCAGACUAAAGAGGGAAAAGGAAGCCCACUGCCCAGUGGCAAAUAUGCAAUACCCAGGGAUUGCCUUGGUGGCUGCUCUACUGCUCAUCUCAUGCAGCUCCGCCAAAUGCUCGAAUGAGACACAAAAAGCGGAGGCAGAGGCCCUCACGGGACAUCGAUUUACGAGGGGCAACAUAACCAUACUGCAUGAAGUGCAGGAAGCGGACUCUGACGAGUCGUCACCACUGAUUUUAAACACACACGAAGUCCUGCCGCACAAGCCGCUCAAAAAGAAACCCUACCUGCCGCUGGAGAAGAUCCUGCCGAGCAUUGAGUAUGUGAAACCGCCGCAUCCACUCAAGGAGUAUGAACUGCAUCCGGUCACCUUUGACUUCAAUUUGGGCGAUCUGGAGGACCUGGAGCACGAAGUGAUCAAGAAGGGAGAUCUGAGCAGUCAGGAGCAGCAUGUCUUGGCCUCGGACACCAGCUACAGUCCCUCCAAUCCCGAUGAGAACGAUACUGUGGAUGUGGACAUAUCAGAGCUAUCCACAGAGCCCACAACGGCUAGUUCUCCGGGCACAACAACGACGUCGUCGUCCAAGACAACAACUACGACGACUACGACGACGAGUGCUCCGGCCACAACAUCCACCACCGCCAGCACGCACAUUCUGAAAAUCCUGCGCAGCAAGCCACAAAUGGUGCCCAAACUGGGUCGCGAUCUGCUCAAGCAAAGCGGUGACGAUGACAUGCAGCUGAAGACCUUGGGCAGCACCAUCAAUAGCAUUAAUCGGUACUUGGGAGCCAAUGCGAAUGGCACGGGAAACGGCAGCAUGGCCGAGAGUCUUUAUGGCCAGGCCAACUAUUUCCAGCUGGUGGCCAAUCUCUAUGACCACUUCUACUGGCAGAUAUCCGAGAUUCGGACGAGUGUUCGCACGGCUUGCGGCCUCGAGAUGCAGGCCUAUCUGACAGCCCUGCAUUCCAGCUACGAGUGGGCCCAAAAGGCCUAUGACUCAUCUGGACGGUAUCGUGGCCAGCUGCUCUUUGGCAACGACAAAUGGCUGGGUCAACUAUCGUUUUGCUACGAACUCAAUCGCCAGAGUUCGAGUGAGGAGCGCAAGCACUUCGAUAUGGAGUUCUAUGUGGCAGAUGUGGCCCUACACUUGCCCCGUCUAAACCGAUCGAUGCUGUUGAGUCUGGGCGAGUGCUUGCCCAAAUCCUGUUCCGCCCACGAUGUGCAGUCCAUUUUGUCCCUGGAUCCCUAUGCUCGAAUGCUGACUGUCUUGGGGGCACACAAUACCUCGGUGCAGCAACCUCCGCUCCAGGUUCUGCACGUUCGCACUGUGCCGGGACUCUAUAGUCACUGGCGGCAGCUGAAGUUCCAGGUGUUCAUUAGCUUUAUGCUCACCCUAUUUCUGGUGAUUCUGGUGGCAUCCUAUUACCAGCUCAAGAUCGAUGAACGUCGCUUGGUGGUGGCCCCCAUUGCGGCCAUCAGUGGCAAAUGCAAUGGAACUUCGGCCAAAAAUGGUGGCUUCUAUAGCAAACCCUUCGAGCUUUUCCAGAUGCGUCCACUGGGCAGCACAAUUGCCUCAACCGAUGGGCCCGCUGUCGAAAUGGAUGUCAAUGGGAAUCGACAAAGACCGGGGGAUUCAACCGAUAUGGCAGAUGGUGGCAGUCCAGGUGUAGCUUGUGAUCCCAACACCUCGACAUCGGGACUGGCGGGCAAAUCGGAAAUGACCGAUUACCAGGUGGAAACUGGAAGCUGUGCCGGAGCCACCGGAACUUAUGAGGCAGAGCAACCUGUUGCUUUGCACCAACAAAUACUGUUGUGCUUUGCCUUGCAAACGAAUGCCAAGGCCAUUCUAAAUAUCGACAAGACCAAGGAGACCCACACCUCCUGUCUGCACGGUCUGAGGGUCUUCUCCGUUCUAUGGACCAUGAUGGUGCACACCUAUCUGCAGAUGUUUGCCAUUGGCGAGAAUAAAUUCGAGAGGGUCAUCACAGAGCGAUCGGUUUGGUAUCAGGUGAUUGGCAAUGCCACGUUCUCGGUGGACUCGUUCUUCUUCAUCAGCGGCCUGCUGGUCACUCUUCUCUACCUCAAGCAGGAUCGCAAACAUCCUGCAGAGACGUGCCUCUUCAUUAAGCGCAGCUGUUCGGAAACAUUCAUGAUGCUGCUCUAUCGCUAUCUGCGACUCACUCCAGUAUAUCUCUUUGUGGUCAUCUUUAAUGACUUUGCCGUACGACAAGGUCUGGACUCUUCGGUUUUCCAGCCGGCCAAAAUCGAGCACAACACUUGCCGCGUCUAUUGGUGGCGCAAUAUUUUGUAUAUAAACAACUAUUUUCCGCAGACUGAGAUGUGCAUGAUGUGGAGUUGGUACAUGGCCAAUGAAAUGCAGUUCUAUGUGAUGGCUGCAUUGCUCCUAGCCCUGGCCAGAAAAUACUUCAAAGCUGUGGCCGUCACGCUGAUUGUCUUUCUGCUCAGCUCGUGGAGCAUUUCGGGUAUAAUUUCCCUGCAGCAUCAGUACACCCACAAAGUGGCGCUGCCUUUCGAGUCUUUCGACUUCUUGUAUGACAAACCCUGGCAACGAGUGGGCUCUUAUAUAGUGGGCAUGUGCGCCGGUUAUGUUUUGUAUAAGGUGAAGACUCCACCGCUGAUUUCCCGGCGCUUAAACCUUUCGCUUUGGGCGGCCAGCCUGUUUGUCCUUUUGAUCGUGGUCUUUGGCGUUUGGGAGGGACAGCUGAGCACCGUCAAUACCGCCUUCUACGUGGGCGUGGCCCACACCGCCUUCGGAUGUGGACUGGUGUGGAUCGUAUUGUCCUGUUGCUGGGGAUUGGCGCCCACCGUCAACGCGAUCCUGUCGUAUCGCGUCAUGUGGCCACUUUCGCGGCUCACCUACUGCGCCUACUUGAUCCAUCCCAUCAUCAUGUUCAUCUGCUCCUCGCACAUGAGCGGCACCGUCCAUCUGAGCAAUCCCCUCAUCCUGACCCUGUUCCUGGGCAAUGCCGUCGUGUCCUUCUGCUCGGCCUUUGUCAUAUCCGCAUUCUUCGAGGCGCCCGUCAUCCGAAUACUCAAGAUCUGCUUCAAAAAGUGA